GCCAGGCUUGGGUUGAGAGAUCCAGAGAGUGAAGUGAGCGAUGGGGCGUGUAAUCCGAGCACAGAGGAAGGGAGCAGGGUCUGUCUUCAAAUCCCACACACACCACCGCAAGGGUCCUGCUCGCUUCCGCAGUCUCGACUUCGGGGAGCGAAAUGGGUAUCUGAAGGGGGUCGUGACGGACAUCAUCCACGAUCCAGGCCGAGGUGCUCCACUCGCCAAAGUUACCUUCCGUCAUCCUUUCCGAUACAAGCACCAGAAGGAACUUUUCAUUGCAGCUGAAGGUAUGUACACGGGUCAGUUCCUCUACUGCGGUAAGAAGGCCACUCUCAUGGUUGGGAAUGUCUUGCCUCUCCGAUCCGUCCCUGAAGGUGCUGUGGUCUGCAACGUCGAGCACCACGUUGGUGAUCGAGGUGUCAUUGCUAGAGCCUCUGGCGAUUACGCCAUCGUCAUCAGUCACAACCCUGAUAACGACACCUCCAGGAUCAAGCUUCCCUCGGGUGCCAAGAAGAUUGUCCCAAGUGGGUGCAGAGCUAUGAUUGGGCAAGUUGCAGGUGGGGGUAGGACUGAGAAACCCAUGCUCAAGGCAGGCAAUGCAUACCACAAAUUCAGGGUGAAGAGGAACUGUUGGCCUAAGGUUCGUGGUGUUGCCAUGAAUCCAGUGGAGCAUCCUCAUGGAGGAGGAAACCAUCAACACAUUGGGCAUGCGAGCACAGUCCGCCGUGAUGCACCUCCUGGCCAGAAAGUGGGUCUCAUUGCUGCAAGGAGGACUGGUCGACUUCGUGGUCAAGCUGCUGCUACAGCUGCUAAAGCUGAUAAAGUUUAAAUAUUUUAUUUCAUUUCUUCUUUAUCAUAUAUCCUUGGAACCUCUUCAGGAUACUUUCCUCCCCCAUCUCUCCUCUUCAAUAGACGCUUUGAAGUUUUGUAGUAAGAUUUUUGCUAAGAAGAUUCAGGUAGUUGUGAUGUGCUGCAUUAGAUUUCAAUUAAUGUUUAAUGGAACACGAAUUGUGAU